AUGGUCUAUUUUGCCAAGGUCAAUAAGCAACACCAGGUGAUGCGCAAAGGUGUAUCUUUUUAUGCCCAUGCUCUCCAAGAUUUGCAGACCAAACUACUGCGCCAAGAUCAGGCGAUGGGCGACGAUGUCCUCGUGGCCAUCAUUUGCCUGGCUAUCUACGAGUUGAUCGCCCUUACCCAGCCCAGAGCUUGGCUUUCUCAUUAUCAAGGGCUAGCUAGACUGAUGUCGUUAAGAGGGCCCCAUCGACAUCAAUCUGGCAUUGCAUUCGCUAUGAUGCCGACUCUCAGAUCAUGUGUUAUUAUUGGAUAUAUCAUAGAACGAAAACGGUGUUUCCUCGAAGAUCCCGCCUGGAAAACCAUACCGUGGGCUGAGCGAGGUCUUGGUUCAAAAACACCCACAGACUUGCUGCAGGACAUUAUGUGCGAUAUUCCCGGCAUACUGCAGGACCUAAGCGAGGCAGUAUUGUGUCACCCUUGUGACCCCAGCAAAGAAGAGUUUACAUUGGAGUUUAUUCCAAGAGCGCUCUCAACCCUUGAAGCCCUGCAUUCCUGGCGCUGGAAUUGGGAAUCGCAGUUCCCAAACUCGACAUUCAUCACCACACCUAUCGAAUACAUCUCCUCUGAUUCAAUAUCUCUACCUCCAAGUCCAUUCAAAUCCGUCAUCUGGUUCCAACAUCCUCACCGCGGCGUCGAGCUCAUUGUUUAUAAUGCAAUACGUCUCAUUCUCAUGCAAGCUCUUCAGAUAGCAGGCGCUGACCUGGAUAACAUUCAGGUUGAAGACUUCAGUGAUCCACUCCUCCCCAUGCAGGGGAACAGAAAUGACAUAGCAAUUGAGAUAUGUCGGACGGUCGAUUAUCACCUACACUAUUUGAAGAGCACUGGUGCAUUCAUGCUCUUAUUUCCGCUGAACGUCGCGUAUGUACAUCUGGAUCGGAAAUCUACUGAGAUCAGAGGGUGGUUGGAAAGAGUCAUGGCAGACGUCGCUGACUCACAUGGGUUGGAGGUCGGGAGGUCAGAGAAUAUGCUGAGAAAACCCGCUGAUAUGCGUGCUGAGAUUUGA